GUAGAGUAGGACCGUGAUUGACCUCAUUCUGUCCGGCUCCUGGUGGGCCGCUUCCCCGGCAGAAACCAGCUCUUCCCGGGCGAGGCGUUGGGGAGUUGGUUUGGAUCGGGCAGGGUUUCAGACGAGCCCGAGGAAGACGGACGAGCACCCCGGGUGGCCUGAGGUCCACCCCUCGGGGAGGGCGCACCCGGGGUCGCAGGGGAAGGAGCUGGCAGUGACCGCGUCUGGGCUGUGUCUUCCAGACCGAACUAAUCGCGUCUGGCCGGGCGCGUCGCCGGGUCCCAUGGAGCUGGAGGGGCAGUGGUGGCGAGGACAGCUGGCUGCGGAUAUUCACCAAGCGCUUCGGUACAAGGAGCUGAAAUUGCCCUCUUACAAAGGCCAGUCGCCUCAGCUGAGUCUCAGGCGGUAUUUUGCUGACUUGAUUGCCAUUGUAAGCAAUCGCUUCACACUCUGCCCUUCUGCUCGACACCUUGCCGUCUAUCUGCUGGACCUGUUUAUGGAUCGCUAUGACAUCUCCAUUCAGCAGCUGCAUCUAGUGGCUCUUUCCUGUCUGCUUCUGGCAAGUAAAUUUGAAGAAAAAGAAGAUAGUGUGCCUAAGCUGGAACAGCUCAACAGCCUGGGUUGUAUGACAAACAUGAAUCUAGUGUUAACAAAACAAAACUUGCUACAUAUGGAACUAUUACUCUUAGAAACCUUUCAGUGGAACCUCUGCCUUCCAACAGCUGCUCAUUUCAUCGAGUAUUACCUUUCUGAAGCAGUACAUGAAACAGAUCUUCAUGAUGGCUGGCCAAUGAUUUGCUUAGAAAAAACUAAACUUUACAUGGCCAAAUAUGCGGAUUACUUCCUAGAAGUGUCUUUGCAAGUAGCUGCUGCCUGUGUGGCUUCUUCAAGGAUUAUACUUCGUCUUUCUCCAACAUGGCCUACAAGACUACAUCGUCUCACUGCCUACUCUUGGGAUUUCUUAGUGCAGUGUAUUGAGCGGCUAUUGAUUGCUCAUGAUAAUGAUGUGAAAGAAGCGAACAAACAGAGAGGACAGGCAGGACCUCAGUCAGCACAGCUAAGUGUGUUCCAGACAGCCUCCCAGACUACACGGCCAGGUCACUUUCAGCAACCCCAGUAUCUCCAACAGACCUCACUGCAAUAUCGCCAUCCUGUAUCAGAACAACCAAGCUGUCAGCAGAUUGUGUCUACAACACAUACUUCAUCUUACACGUUACAGACGUGUCCUGCUGGCUUCCAAACUAGUGUUCAAGGCCUUGGACAUGUGCAGACUGGUGUUGGGAUGUCACUGGCAAUACCAGUAGAAGUUAAGCCUUGUCUGACUGUAUCUUACAAUCGGAGUUACCAGAUAAAUGAACAUUACCCUUGUAUUACGCCAUGCUUUGAGAGGUGAUUAUAUGCAGUUAGGAACUGACCCAGACUGUUUUGUGACUUGAAGCUCUAGGGGAAGUUUUUUGUAAACCUCUGUUCACAAGCCAAGGGAUCCCAGUGACACCAGAACUCUUCAGGUACCAGCACCAAUGAAUAUCCCUCUCAGUGCACACUGAAUCCUGGGAGGAUGGAGCAAAUCCUGCCACAGUUUAACAGUGUGUCAAAUCCUGUUACAACAAGUCCCUGAGUGACAGAAACGGUCAAGCCCUGGCUGAUGGUCCAGAUGUUUCAAAAACAUUCAACAGAAAAUUUGGUCAGAUUCUAAUUUGUUGUUUUGAGAUUUUUGACCUGUGGCAGGCUCUGGGCCUAAUGUUGGUUUAUAUGUCGAAGACUGAUGUUUAUCUGUGGACUUGCCAAACAGCCUUUUAUGAAGGAAAGUUACAGUAUUAAUUUUUGAAAAGAUCUUUUUUAUUAUUCUAUAAUUUUGAGUUUUGAUUUUGACCUACAGAUGAAUUUUUGACUAAGUUUAAACUCAUGAAUUGUUAUGCUGUGUCAACCUGUGCGGUAAAAGAAAAAAAAAAAUUAGAUGAUUCUUUAUAACAUCCUAUGUGCUAAAAUUAAGAGUGGAAUAUAUCUCUUAAGAUCAUGGUCAUAAUUUUUUGGAUUUUUUUUUUCCCCUAAGCAAUCAACCUCAAAUCUUAAAACACAUUUAACUCAGGGAAUUUGUACUACUUGCAAACACUUAACUGUAAUGCAACAUGCUUUGGAAAUGUUACAGUAUGAAUGAACUACCUUUAUAAUAGAUUACUAUUAAGAUGUAUUUUCAAAUGAGAACAUAAUAUUGUGGCACAGAAUGGAUGAAGUGGCAUUUUCUACAAUUGAUAAUACAGACAUUGGUUUUGCGUUUCUAGGUGCAAUUAAUGACUUUCACUCAGAUUUGAUAUCAUUCGAAAGCAAAUGUUUUGCAAGGCAAUGCCUAACUGUAAAAGGCCUAACCAGUACUAGAAUAAAGCAGCAUAGGUUCAUAUCAAAGUGCAGUGUGGCCAAGGUAGUUCUCAGGUGUGCCACAGCAGCACUUUUUAUGUGAAAUACAGGUUCCUUUGAAUACAGCCUUUGAAUCCACCUACUCAUUCUGAGUAGGCAGGGGUACUGAUUACUAAAUCUUAGUAGCUGCUCUCACUGGAUUAUCCCACAGUUGCCCUGGGACGUCUCACUGUACCAGUAAUGAGUGAGAACAGCAAUGCUUUACAAUUUUCCUGUAAAGCAUCUGGGGAAUAAACUGUAAAAGAAGAUCAUUGUAAUGGCUGGUAAACUGUAUACACUGAGCUCUUAUCUGGGAUGAGAGAUUUGGUGGAGGGAAGCUUUCUGGUUUAAACAUUAGUAAGGUGUGUUUGUUAAAGAUAGCACUUGAUUAGAAGGGAAUUUGCAUGGCAGGGAGUGACUGCCACAAGAUGCAUUUAAGAUGUGGGUAUGCAGCAGGAGUCUCAGUAAGUCUUGGUUAGGUAGGAAAGGGGCUUACUGUAUUGAUGGACUGACACACAUGGCUCCAGUGGGUGGAUGUGGGUGAGUGGCUUCUGCCAGCGUGAAUUCUUUGAGUAAUCUUUUGUAAAACAAAAUAACUUAGAGUAUAUGAGGCAUGAUGUUCGAUGUACUGGUAGAUAAAAUUUAAGAAAAAAACCACUCAGGUAAGACACUCAUGGCAGUUUUCAGGCAUGGAAAUUGUUUUCUGAAAGAAUCAUCACUUUUACUCUUUAAAGGAGGGCUGCUAAUUGGAUUUUGGUAGUUCUUACAUUAAGAAAACUUGAAUUAUUUAUGAAAAAUGGGCUCAAAGGAGAAUAUAUCUGUAACAUUCACAUUCAGAACCCAGUAACCUGGAGUCCGGAUUUUCAGUGUUUUAACUACCUCAAUAAUAUUAUGAAUGUAAGAUACUAGGAUAGUGAUCCUAUCUUGAAACAACAACCAGUGCCUGUGGUAAUUUAAUGUCUUGUCAAAUGCUUUUAUUGAUUGGUUUAUAUGUCAUUCUUGUUAUAGAAUAUGCCUUUUUAAAAAGUUUAUUAACAAUUUCCCAAUUUAUAUUUAAAAACUAAAGAACACUGGAUUAAUAUUUUGGGGAGGGGGUAGAAUAAAAGAAUUGAUUACUCUGGCUGCAUACCCGCAGUGGGGUGGAGUGUUUGGACAACCAAAACUAUUUUUAAAACAUUAAGUUUCAGUAUAAAUACAGCUCACAACUGCUAGCUUUGGGGGGUGGGGGGAGAUGUUGUGUAGUUUUUUUAAUUUAUUGGGCUGUUUUGUUUUUGUUUCGAGAUUACUGGACCAUCAUUAAGUGUACUGUGAAGAGAUUAUAUGUAUGAAGGGCUUUACCAAAGUCCAUUAAAUAAACACUACUUAAGUACAGACUGCAAACCAAAAUGUUACCUGUGUUAUUGCAUACAUGAAUUUCAAAUAGUACAUAUGGUGCUAAGGUCUACACAAAUGGAAUUAGAUGAGUGCUAUGCACUUAAUUUUAAAAUAAAAUUAGUUUU